CAUUCGAACUGUCAACAGUUAACAAGUUAAAAACAGACAAAAUGUUUGUGCAACGCCUAUUCAAUGUAGGGAGGCACUUCGUAUCAUCAAGCUUACCCAGUCUAUCACAGAAUUUAUCGUUUGUGCAAAAAAACUAUCUUUUUCAAAGCGCCAACAAGAUAGAGUUUCUGAAAAGUCCGAUUGUUGAGAAAAAAACAUGUCAGUCUAUCAUUGAAAACGUAAAUAAUCUUCUUAAUCAACAAACUGAUGGACGUCUAUUUGCUGUUGUACAUCUUUGUGGAAAACAAUACAAAGUAACCGACGGCGACAUUGUUGUUAUUGAGGGGUAUUGGCCGCCCACAAUUGGCGAUAAAAUACGAUUGGACAAGGUUUUACUUGCUGGUGGUGAUAGUUUUACUUUGACAGGACGACCAUUGAUACAAUCAAAUCUUGUGGAAGUUCAAGCAACUGUAAUUGAAAAAACAAUUGCGCAUACACGAACAACGUUCAAAAAAAAGAAGAGAAAGCAAUACAUGAGAAUUAAAUUUCAUCGAAGCGCUCAAUCCAUGAUUCGUAUCAAUUCGAUUAAAAUUAAAAAUACACAGAUUGAUAUGAACUCAACAAAGUUAGAUGUUUUACAUGAAUUGUAAUUAGAAAAUUGAAAUAAAACCAUUUUAUUCAGUCUAAA